GGUUUUGCCAGGAUCUUCUUGUUUAUCCUUAUGCGAAAUCUGUGGGGCCCAGCUUUCCUCGGGCCAUCCAGGUGGAGGCCUCUGACUUAAACAUUGCCAAGUGACGCAGAACCCAUGGGCCCUGAGGCCCCUCAGCACUUCCUGUGUGGGGUAUAGAAACCCUCCUCCCCUCCCAGCCUCAGGUGCCUGCUUCAGAAAAUGAAGUAGUAAACUGACUCAUCUCCGCCAUCUUAGUAAAGCAAACGUCCAGUGAAAGAAGAAUGCAGUCGAGCACUCUCUGGAGAGUUCUGGGACUCUGCCUCCUGUCAGUUGGCACUUGGGGGCAGGAAGAUGCUGACAAAACUGAAAAUGAAACACCGAAACAAUAUAAAGUUUCCAUCUCAGGAACCAGGGUAGUGGUGACAUGCUUUCUGGAUCCUGCAACAAACUCAAUAAAAUGGGAAAAAAUUGAUGGAGAAGAAUCCGGUGAACAUAACGAACAACUAAUAAUUGAAAACUUUUCAGAAAUGGAGCACAGUGGUUAUUACGUCUGCUAUACAGACAAUGAAAAGAGUCAUUAUCUCUACCUAAAAGCUAGAGUGUGUGAGAACUGCAUGGAGGUUGACCUGACAGCCGUGGUCGUAAUCGUCAUAGUGGACAUCUGCAUCACUCUGGGCUUGUUGGUGCUGGUUUAUUACUGGAGCAAGAAUAAGAAAGCCAAGGCCAAGCCUGUGAAACGAGGAACUGGAGCUGGGGGCAGGCCCAGGGGACAAAACAAGGAGAGGCCGCCACCUGUUCCGAACCCAGACUAUGAGCCAAUCAGGAAAGGCCAACGGGACCUGUAUUCCGGCCUAAAUCAGAGAGGAGUCUGAUGGUCCCAGAAGACAAUGCUCAGGCCUGGCUCUCCUGGGGCAUCCUGCUGUUCCUUGUUCUCUGGACAAGUCUUGGACCCUACAGAGAAUUGUUCUUCGGCUUCAUGGUGAAUUCAUGCUCUACAGCCUUGUCCCUUGCUCCCCUCUUCCCGUCUUCGCUGCUGGUAUCCAGCUGUAGGCUAUUGCUGCUUUGCUGUCCUUGGUUAGGCCCUCACACCUGGCCUGCCCUCUUGUCAGCAUAUUUAUUUCUAUUAUUCACUCCCUGCUGAACUUUCCCCCUGCAUGAAUGUUAUUUCUGCCUUUUGUUCCCUCUUUUUCCUCCAUAGAAGUUGCCCCUUUCCCCUAACAACUCCAUAAAAAUUUAUAUUUUUCUUUUUUUAUUGAGUUUAUUG